CUUAUUUAUUUAGAAAUAAUAUAUUGAAACUUGCAUAAUUGUUGAUGGGGCGUAUUUUUUUGGAGCAUCCUGGUGGCUCUAGAUUGUUUCAAUGUGCUAAUUGUGACACAGUGUUAACUAACAGAGGACAGCUAAUUUCAACAAGAUUUACUGGUGCUACUGGAAGAGCAUUUUUGUUCAAUAAAGUUGUUAACUUAAAUUGCAGUGAAGUUCAAGAUCGUGUAAUGCUCACAGGAAGACAUAUGGUUAGAGAUGUAUCUUGUAAAGUUUGUGCAACUAAACUUGGAUGGAUAUAUGAGUUUGCAACUGAAGAUGAGCAGCGUUACAAGGAAGGACAUGUUAUCCUGGAGCGUGCUCUUGUAAGUGAAACAGAUGGAAUUGAUGAUGCACACGAAUGACAAGUUAUUACAAAAUCUCUAUAUAAUUAAUGUAUUUUUUUUUAAACACAUUGAUAUUUUUGAAAAAUGUAA